AAUAUUUAUUAAAAAAAAAUAAUAAAAUAAAUUUUGUGUCAUUGUAAACAUAAAAAAAUAAAGAAAAACCAAAGAAUUGUUUCAAAAAAGUAAAAAUUUGCAUAAUGAUCAAUUAAGUCACCGCCCGCUUGCUUGCUUGCUUUGACUAAAAAAAAAUAAUAAUAAUAAACAGAAACUUGAUGGAAUUAUGAUGUCGAAUUAAAAAAAAAGAUAGAUAAAAAAAUAUUUUGAGUGAAUUUUAUCUUUAUCUCAAAUGUAUAAAUAAAUCCACGAAAUAAAUAAAAUAUACGAUGAUGAUGAUUGAAAUGCGAUUCAAGGAUUCCCGAUAAAAUAUUUGAAUUAAUGACUUUCGAGAUAACGAAAGUUUAUUUAAAAUCAGUUUUUUAUUUGUGAAAUAUCAGCACUCAAUAAAAAUUCCAAUCAAAUUUUAAACAUUUAAAAAUAUUUUAAAUGAAAAUCAUGUCACGGAGGAAGCAAUCUAAUCCAAAACCUUUAUUGAAACGAGACGAUGAAGAAGCGUCGGAAAAUCAAACAGAGAUUAGCGCCUCGUGUGACACCGAAACAACCGACUUGAACGCCAACUCAAACCCCUCUAGUCCAUCUCAAAUAAGUGCAAGAUCUGCUUCGCCGCCACCACCUGCCUCGCCAUGCUCGCAAAUCAGCGAGACACCUUCUAGCAUAGAUAACAAAUACUUAGAUGUCGAAUUAGAGUUAGCCAAGUCCUUUCAGCAGCAGCAACAGCAGCAAUCUGAAAAACCUAAAUUAAGAUUAAACAUUUCCUUAGCUGCCGAUCCCGCAUGCAAUCCCGAUGCAAAAGACAUCAAAGGAAUGGUAGCCGAUGUCGCGGAAAGUCCUCCGUUGCCGGAAAAGACGCGCAAUAACGCUUUAACUGUCACAAAAUUACUUCAAAGAUCUGAGAGUCAGGGCAUCAAUGUGGUUCCUAUUGUGGCGCUCGAGCCCGUUCCGACGCCACCCAUCCAAGCUCGAAUUCCCAUUUACACGUGCAUCCCGUGCGGCAUUAAUUUCUCGUCAGCUUCCACGCUCGAGGCACACCAAACGUACUACUGUUCGCAUCGCAAGGACCAAGACGAGCCAAUUCCCGCGCUACCGAAAGCCGCCUCGUCGUCGGCGAACAACAACGAUUCAGCCGAACCACCAACCAAGGCGCAAAAAACGGGCAAACAGUACGCUUGCACCCAAUGUUCGUACAGCGCCGACAAAAAAGUCUCUCUAAAUCGUCAUAUGCGGAUGCAUCAGACGUCGCCAGCAAGUAGCUCGAUCACCUCAAACGGCGGCGAUGACAUGAUGACACCCGUGAAUGCUAGUCAACUUGCGACGCCAGUCAUUCAAGUGCCCGUCGAUCGGUAUUGCACUAAUUGCGAUAUCAGAUUUAGCAGCACGAAGACUUAUAGGGCGCAUAAGCAGCAUUAUUGCUCGUCGAGGCAUCGUGAUGGGGCACCAAAUAUUCCGUCAGCAUCGAAGCCACCAUCGCAAAAAUCGGGAUCGCAAAGCCCUAAUGAGGUCACGAAUAAAGCAACGCCCUCGGAGGAGUUUCUUGCGCUGCCCACAAAUCCCAUUAUUAUUGUUCCUUGUUCAGUUUGGCGGAAUGUCACCAAGAUUUCUUCGACGAAUUUACCAGCAAAUUCCGAUUAUACUUGUUUUAUGUACCAAAAUGGAGCUUUUGAGCCGAUCGCGUACUCGUUCGCUAAUCAAAUGAAAGUUCCGAGUCGAGAACCGACGCCGCAUGUUUCCACGGAAUCAGCUGAGCAACGAGCUGCUGAUCGUUCGGAUGUCUUGAAAGACGUGAAUAACAAGAAAUCUGAAGGAAGUUCAUCAACAAAAGAUCCAACAACACCUCUCGAUCUAUCAGUUCGUCGAUUCUCACCAGGACUCUCAUUGCGGGAACGAUCCUUAUCACUCGCUUCCGCCAUUUCAUCGGAGCAUUUCCGGAUGGAAUUCGAUCUGAUGGAAAGCAAAGAAAAUCUCUCGGUUAGUGGUGAUUCUGUGACUCCCGAACAAAUUGUUUGUGCCCCGUCAUUACCCGGCAGUCCUCCACUCACACCUUCCCCUAAACGGAGACAUUCCAAUAGUCCGCGCACCGUAUCAGCUUCCGUUUCGCCAAUCGCGUUACCAACAUCUCCCUUGCUCUUGCGAUCGCACCACUUGCAAAGCAUGCCUCCAGAUCUCAUCGCGUUGCGUCUCGCCGAGAACCCUGCACUCAUCAACGAGCUCCGAAUGCGUCUCCAGAACUCAAAUUCCAACAAUAUCGGCGGGAAACACGAAGCACUCCAAUUUCUCGACACAAACACGAAAAAACAAUCGAAUAGUGUGAGUCCGGCUCCCGUGCCAGCAACCGCCAUGCCACCAAUCCCGCCACAAAUUUUCGUGAAAAAGGGCUCGUCAAAGUGCAAGGAGUGCAACAUUGUCUUUUGCAAGCAGGAAAAUUACAUCGCACACAAAAAGCACUACUGCUCGGCCCGAAAUCUCGAUGCCGACGGAGAAAAUGUCAAAGUUAGUCCACCGAUCUCGCCAAAUUCCCAAAGUCCGAAUCAAUUGUCAUAUCAGCAACUCAUCUGCGGCGCGUGCGGCAUCAAAUUCACGUCGUUAGACAACUUGAAUGCUCACAUGAUGUACUACUGUCCGAAGCGGGUCGACUUGCAAGUGCAUCACCAGCAAAGUACCAGCUCGGCAUCGAGUGUCGUGUCGAAGGAAAAGUGCGGAAAAUGCAAAACGGUACAUGAACCUGGGCAAAAUUGCCCCGCCAACAACUCAAAUUCGUAUAAAUGCCCGAUUUGUGAAGUCGUUAGUGCGAAUUCGACGGAGGCAAGACGUCAUAUCGAGACUCAUGGCGAAAUUAAGGCUUUUAGAUGUUCCAUGUGUGGAUACAAGGGAAAUACUUUGAGGGGAAUGCGAACACAUAUCCGAAUGCAUUUCGAUAAAAAGGGAGGCGAUUGCAAUGAGGAGAACUUCAUUACGUGCAUUAUCGAAGAAGAUCGCAUCGAAAUACCGCCAAGCGUGUCGAAAAAUACAACUCCAUCGCCCGCUCCAUCGGUAUCUCCUGCAUUAACGGCCUCAAAUCAAAUGUACUAUUGCGAGUCUUGCAAAUAUUCGUCGACCUACAAAGGCAAUGUGGCACGUCACACUAAACUCCUACACAGCUCACAUGGUCCAAUUAGCUCAACAUCUCCGUUAAUUGGCGAAGGCGGGGAACCCUUAAUUUGCAAUGGUGACUCUUUGCAUAAUGAUGACGAAGAUUUACAAGAAAUUUCCAAAAUCAAACAAGAACCAGAAGACGACCCCAAACAACCCGAAUUAUCUGAAUCACCGGCCAUCGUCGAACCCCAAAUCACCAUUAAAAUCGAGGAAAACCAGACACCGCCGCCUCCAGCUAUCGCAACAUUUCCCAAAUCGGACAAUUUCGUCAUGCAACAACCCGAAAUGGACGAAGACGUCUCAAAAUACUGCGAAAAGUGCGACAUCAAAUUCAACUUUUUAAAGACAUAUCUCGCGCACAAGCAACAUUACUGCAAAAACAGCACCCAAAACGCCGAUAUUCUGAGUCAAUUUAAAGCUGUUGCCGCUGCAAAAAAUAAUUCAGCAAAUCAAACGGUAGUGACGAGAGCUGCCGAAACUCCAGUACUAUAAAAUGGCUGAAAAUGGAGAAAAAAAUGUAAAAUUAUUACCAAAACACUCUUUUAUUAAUUUCUAUAGAAAUUCUUACAAAAUAUUACUUACACGUGUCUCUAAUCUAUUAAUUAAUUAUUAUGAAUAAAAUAUAAAAAUCCCUUGAUGCACAUAAAAAAAAUAAUAAAAGUCAAAGGACUGAUAAACAAAAGUUGUAUA